AUGAGGCUCUUGUCGGGCAGUUGGUUCUCAGACGUGCCGUGGCUUCAUGUGUACGUAGGUUUCUCACUUACGAUUGAGGCAUUUGAGCAAUACUUGAGCCUGAGGCAAUGGCGGCGCUAUAACAGCAGCAGUAAACCCCCAGCGCUACUGAAUCCGCGAAUGUCCCAGGAGAGCUAUGCAUCAGUGACGGCCUACAACACGGACAAGAUCAAGUUGUCAAUGGUAUCAUCGCUUGUCGAAUCAGGUCUUUCCGUGCUGUCCACUCUUUUUUUCUUCGGGCCCUUUUGCUGGCGGUUGGCCGGCCACUGGGCAGGGGACGGCGAAUUUGUUCGUCCUCUGGCCUUCAUGGGCAUACAGAGGUUGGUCUCAGAGUGUAUUUCCACCCCCUUUCAAGUUUACAGUGAUUUCUGUGUCGAGGAAAAGCACGGAUUCAACAAAAAGACCGCAGCACUCUUCAUUAAAGACAAACUACUGGGACUGGGGCUCACUGCAGCUAUCGGGGCGCCAAUUCUGUGCGCUGUGAACUGGCUUAUCAAGUGGGGUGGAGAAAAUUUUCAUUUCUGGCUUUGGGGUUUCUCUGUGCUGACAACAUUCGGAAUGAUCGUAAUAUACCCGAAUUUCAUCGCACCUCUUUUUAACAAAUUUAAAGUAUUGGAAGACAGAGAACUACGGUCGAAAAUUGAUGCAUUGGCUGAGCAACUGAACUUCCCUCUCUGUGAAGUUUACGAGAUGGAUGGGUCUAAGCGUUCAAGCCAUAGCAACGCGUACUUCUAUGGUUUUUGGCGGUGGAAGCGCAUUGUCAUAUUCGAUACCUUGCUGCACCUGCCCCAUGACCAAAUCCUUGCCAUUCUUGGCCACGAGUUGGGUCAUUGGCAAAUGAAUCACUUCAUGCAGCGUUUGCUUCUAGUGUUCAUGAAUCUAUUCGUUACGUUUUAUCUCUAUGGAAAAGUAAUGAACAACGACCACCUCUACAAGUGUUUCGGCUACGGGGCAGAUGCCAAGUCCCCCAUCAUUGGUCUUAUGCUCCUUGCCAAUGUGCUCGCUCCGGUGAACACUGUUUUGUCAGUGUUUUCUACUCUGCUAUCUCGCAAACAUGAAUUCCAAGCAGACGCUUUCGCCUGCCGGCUCCACUACGGGGAGCAAUUGAAGGAGGCCCUGUGCACAGUUCACACAGAAAACAAGUCCACUCUGGACCCUGAUCCCUGGUACUCUUGGUGGCACUACAGCCAUCCGCCCUUGCUGGAGCGUCUCGCUGCCAUUGAUUCCAUUCUUCUGAGGGAUGGAAAAAAGGAGAGGAGCAAAGGAGGCGAAAACAAUUCCAGCAGAUUAGAGGAGCUGGAUGGAGAGGACAGCAGGGCAAGAGGGUCUUCUCAGAAUUCGGAACGUGCAACGAGACGAGCAAAACUUGCGGCAGAGGACGAAUAA